ACAGCACAAAAUAUUUCGUCGAGAGUAAAUUGACAUGCGAGAGAUCUUCGCAAACAAAAAAAAAAUGAAAAAGCCACCAAUUUAUUUCAAAGUUAAUCGUGAAGCGGAGAAGAAUCGCGCUCUACGUUGUGAAUUAUUAAAGUUAUUUUAUCAAAAAAAAUUAUUUUCCGCAUUUUUUUCGGUUGACGUUAUUUGUGAUAAUUACAUGUGGUUUCUGGAAUAAAAUAUCUUGAAAAUUAAAUUUCUUCGUUAAUUACUGAUGCUUAAGAAACAACCACUCAACAUUUGUCUUCCAACUUGAAGAUUCCUUAUUUUCAUUCCGCUUUAGUGGGCUGCCUUGCCACUUUUAAGAGAAAAGAGUGAUUUUGUUUUAUUGGAUGAAUAUUUUUUGUUUUGUAACUGAAGAAGUUAUCAACGGAAUUUUCUCAUAACCAUCUUAUGGAGGUUUAUGGUAGCUAAAUUCAAGUAUAAAAGAAUUACUUUAUAUCUUGGGCUCAAGAGGAUUUGUGCAUGUGUCGUGUUGAAGAAGCAAAGAAAGAGAGAAAAAAAGGAUUUUAAGAGCCCUCCAUUGUUUUGAAAAGAAAUAAGCGAUUUUUUAACACGACGUAGAAACAGAAGAAAAAUUAAAUAAAAAUCUUUGUGAAGUGUGUGCGACGAGUUAUGCUGACAUAAAGUGUUUCUCAACCAAAGCUUUUGUACUGUUUAUUCUGCCGCUUCUUUUUUUUUAUCAUUUCUUGUGGAUAUAAAAUCAUUGCUUUGUGUGUUAAGAACGAGUGAAAGAAAAGUUCGCUGCUGCUGUUACUGCUGCUGCUGCUGUCAUCCCAUUCGUAGCGCGCGCCUCGAACAAUGGCAAUCACAGAGAGAUGCGAUCAAUCCAACGUCGAGUGUGAAACAGUUUCAUUAGAUGAAAGCAAAAAGUUCAAAAUUAUUAAUAUUAAUCAAGCGACGAUUUUGGAUGAGCCGAGAAGUAAAUUUGAUCACAAGGCACAGUUAAUUGAGAUUGACAAAUUGUUAAUAAACACUCAAAAUGGGACGAAAGCAAAAUCUGUUUCGAGAAUUGGCGUUUGGCAUCAGGUUCAAGUCACACUUGCGCUGAUUCUUUUAACGGCUGGUGUGGGCAUGCCCAUCGGGUAUUCGGUCGUAAUUCUACCUCAAUUGCUCAAUCAUCCAAACGAUUCAUUGGCAAUGGACUAUGAGAUGGCUAGUUGGGUUGCUUCCAUUCACUCAGCGGCAACUCCAAUUGGAUCCUUAGCUUCGGUGCCUAUCAUGGAUGCUUACGGCCGUAAAACUACUUUGCUUUUGUCAGUCGCACCACUCAUUGUCGGCUGGUCUUCCAUCGCACUUGCCGAAAGUCAUUCAAUGAUUUUGAUUGGACGAAUCAUUUGUGGAAUUGCGGUCGGUUUGAUGUCAGCACCGGCUCAGAUAUUACUCGCCGAAAUGUCGCAAGCAAACCUUCGAGGAAUGUUGGUUAGCGUCCCAUUUGUCUCGUAUUCGUCAGGUAUCCUUCUAGUAUAUGCUCUUGGAAGCUUAUUACAUUGGCGCAUAGCUGCAUGGUGCGGUUUAUUGUUGCCAAUAUUUUCAUUUAUGGCGAUCUCUGUCGCACCAGAGAGUCCAACAUGGCUAGCUCGGAAAGGCUAUUAUGAUAAAGCCCGUAAAGCGCUUACGUGGCUACGAGAUUCAGAUGAGACAGCAAAGGCUGAGUUAAAGGAAACCAUCGAGCGUAUUGAGAAUGAAAAAAACCAAAUUGAUAAAAGUCAAUCGCUUGAGAGAGUCAUCACGCAACCUUCAGUAUUAAAGCCUUUAAUUCUUAUUAAUGUAUUCAAUGUACUGCAAAUUCUAUCUGGAACUUACAUAAUUGUAUUUUAUGCUGUGGACAUCAUCACAGAGAUUUGCAAUUUUGGUGAUACUAUGGAAAUUUCUACAAUGCAAUCGGCAGUAAUCACCGCAGUGAUAAGAUUAUUGCUAACCGUCAUCUAUUGCGUUUUAUUAUUAAAAUGCCAUCGACGGAAAUUAUAUUUGUCGUCGACCUUCUUCUCCGGAAUUUUUGCACUAAUGCUGUCGCUAUUUCUCUACAUAAAAGGCAACACGACAAAAUCCUUCCACGAUUUAAUCAUCAUUGGCAUUCUCAUGCUUCUUUACAUAUCCUUCAACUCGCCAUUAAUGCUCGUGCCGGGUAUUAUGGUCGGUGAGUUGUUGCCGUUGCGUGUAAGGCAUUGGUCGGGCAUUAUUUUUACAGCAUUUAACCUUAUGCUGUUCGGAAUAACAAAACUAUUUCCGACGCUAAAGGCGAUGUUGAAAAGUCGUGGACUGUUCCUAAUGUUUGGAAUUUCCAGCUUACUUGCUUCGCUUCUCUUUUAUAUGUUUUUGCCGGAAACGAAAAACCGAACACUGAAUGAAAUCGAGGACUACUAUCAGCAACGAAAUUGGAUUUGGCAAUCCCGAACUAGAAAAUUUGAUAAAUCUGAUCAGUCUUAAGUGGCCUUUUAUUGGAUUUAUUCAUGUUGAGGGACUUUAAAUAUUUUUUGUUUUCAUUUUUUAUUCUUUCGCUUCUUUUUUUUUAUGGCAAUGACAGUUAAUGAAAUUUACGAUGUGCCUUCAACGACAUGACAAUCAACAAAGAAAAAAUCAAGCUUAGGUUUAAGAACAAAUGAUAACAAAUUUUGAAACAUUCUUUGUACAUUUUUUUUCUCUUUUUUUUUGGGUAAGGAAUUUUUAGAUCAAAUAAAUUUUAUUUUAUUUUUCAAGAUUAGAUCGAAGGACUUUGUUUUAAGAACUUUUAUAUCUCCAAGAGUGCAUUAAAGUCAUUGAAAAAGCU